GCAUUCUCUCUCUCUCCUUCAUUCCUCUGCUUCGUCAAGCUCUUACCGGUGCAUCUCUUUGACCUCAAAUGGCAAAAGGCGGGAAGCUGAUGAAGCUCAAGUCGGUGCUCAAGAAAUGGAACUCAUUCAGCAACAAGCAGAGCCGCUCCAGCAGCAUCAACGCCGUCGCCGCCGACGACGAAUCCUCCUCCGUCUGCAGGUCUGAUCACCACCCCGUCUACGUCGGCAAGUCCCGAAGAAGAUACUUCGUCACCUCUGACGUCGUCGACCACCCUGUCUUCCGAGAGCUGGUGGAGAGGUCCCGCGACUCCGACGACGACACCAUCAACGUCUCGUGCGAGGUUGUCCUGUUCGAACAUUUGCUCUGGAUGCUCGAGAACGCCGACCCACAACCCGAAUCUCUGGAUGAGCUCGUCGAGUUCUACGAUUGCUAGCUCAGAAACGCUCAUCAAUCAGACUGAUGUAUACACACACAAUCCCAUAUUCGUUCGUUCCUGUAAUUGACUAGCAAUAAUCAAACUCGUAUUUGAUUUGAAUGCUGCACUUUUUUUUUCUGGCUUUCCGAAGAGUUUGUCAAUAUUUUUACCGCUUCUCUUAGAAAUAACAUUGUUGAUUUUGGACGUUGGGCAUUUGAAUGAAUGAAUGGGAAGAAGAGGAAGAAGACGGAGAAGCAGAAGAAUGAAGAAUCUGUGUAUUGGAAAUGGGUAGCAGUUGUAAGUGAUUGUUCUUGUUCAUCCGUA